AUGGACCACUUUUCGACAGUGCUGCAGCGACCGCGUCAAUUCGACGAAGACGGCAGCAAUGGCGCCGUCAGCGAGGAUCGAGGCCCACGCGGGGGCCUGCGCGACAUCCUGAACCCCGUGAGCUCGACGACACAGAUUCCGGGGCCAGGAACAUCCAGGGCGCCUGCGCCGCCUCGACCACAUUCGUCAUUCAGUUUGCGGUCUCCAACCCAACAAGCUGACUAUCACCACCCUGGAUCCUACGCUGCCUCGCCAUCAACAGUGGGAAGCCAGGCACCCGUCUCCCGCUCCAUUCUCAACAACCCGUACGGGGCUGCAACAGCGCCCUCACUGCCGCCGUCCUUGCAACCUCCGCCGAGCAUUGCCUCGACAACACCGUCUGGCCUGCAGCACCCAUCUCGAUCACCAGUACACGCGCCGCCGAUCUACUAUUCAUCAGAAACCCGAGAUCGCGAGCCGAUACGCGAGCAACCGACAUCAAGCGGUUUCUACGAUCCGACUACCGACACCAAUCGCGGGCGUGAACGCAGGGUUUCGGAGACUGGCUCCUGGCGUUCCGCUACGCAAAACUCUCCGCCAAAGGCCCGCGAGCCCUACAGUUACUCGCAACCAUCCUCCGAAUACUACAGCACCGGUAAUCACGCAUCCCCGACGGUACCCUACCGACCGCGGAGUCCUGUGAUGCAUCAGCCUUCCUCGCUUGGGGGGUCCACCAGCCCGUCUGCAAGACCGCCCGCGAUCCCGUCACCAAGCAUGAGGCAUCUCGCCAUGCCCAGCGCGGCCACUAACGGCGGGGCAUCAGCUGUCCUGCCGGCACUAGCACGGACCGAAUCCCCUGCACCUUCCUCUAAAGCUCCGACAGCUAGUACCCCCAGCCGUGCAGCUGGUGUGAUGUCUUUCUCGAACAUUCUCUCAAGCUCCGAGCCUCUCUCUAAACCUCGACCGAUAUCUCCCGUCGCCGGCGACGGGCUAAGCCUCUCAGUCAAGCCGGAGAAACCCGAUAGGGCGGACAAGACAGAGAAGGAGAGGAGAGUGGCGCGCAAGGGCAUCAAGCCACCACGCAUUUCCGAUAUCAGGAGCACCGAAUCAACCCCCAAGAUACCCCGUCGCCCAGCGUUGCCCAAGCUUGAAACCCCUUCUUCGGUGCGGAUUCCUCCCAAGCGGUUGCCUAAUGGUCUUCCAAAGCACAAGGUCUUCUCCGCCGAGAAGGAGAAAAAGAUCCGAGAGCUGAUGGAACAAGUCGACUUCGAGGACGUUGACGAAACCGACUUCGAGGACGAGCUCUAUGCCUGGAAGGAGCGCGCCCAGCGUCGCCGAGAGGAAAUGAAUCGCCGAGAUGUGACCCACCGGCAGGCCCGGCGGGCCGAUUUUGCUCACAUGGAAGCUGAGAAGCUCCAAGCGCAAGCCGACUAUGGCAAGGCGCGGUAUUACGAGAUACACUACGAGGAAGCGUUGCAGGAGGUCCGAGAACAGGAGGUGUUCGCCGAGAAGGAGCGCAAGAAAGAUAUGCAGCGUAAGAGGCGACGCGAGAAGUCGAUGGCUACGACUAUGGACCAGAGAGCCGCUGCGCUCGCUCGAGCUUCUGCUGCCCAGGACGAGGCCGAGCGCCAGAAGUACAUGCGUGAGGCUGAGCGUGCAAACAAGAAAGUACAGCAGACCAAGUACAUCUUGCAAAAGGGCCUCAAGGGACCUGCUCGCAACAUUGGUCCCAUCGAACCGAAUCUCGAGGGCGGCACCAUGGCGACCUUCUCCGCCGAGAAUAUGGAACCCGGAAAGGCCAAAGGCAAGGCCCGUUCAGGUUCCAGGCUCAAGAAGUCAAAGGAGCAGAAACAAGCGGAGAAGGAGGCUGCCGAAGCAGCCCAAGCAGCUCUGGAUGCCGGCGAGGAGCUUCCUAGCAGGGAAGAGACUGCCAAGAUACGCAUCAAGUUCAGUAAAUCCAAGGCCGCCAGGGAGGAUACAGACAAGGAGAACAAAGAACCCAAGGAGGCCAAGGACAAGGAAAGGGCCGUUGAGGAGCCCAAAGACGCGCUCGAGACCAAGUUCCAGUCCAAGGGAUUCAUCCAGAUCUAUGACCAGAUCUGGCGCGACCUCGCCAGGAAGGAUGUCAACAAGGUCUUUAGGCUGGCAACCGACUCUUACUCGACAAAAGCAUCCAAUCUCAAGAAAACGGCCAUCCUCGCGUCCAAGGAAGCGAAGCGAUGGCAGCUGCGGACGAACAAAGGCACCAAGGAUUUGCAGGCCCGUGCCAAACGCGUCAUGCGCGACAUGAUGGGCUUCUGGAAGCGCAACGAGCGUGAAGAGCGUGACCUCCGCAAGGCCGCUGAGAAGCAGGAGCUCGAGAACGCGCGCAAGGAAGAGGCGGACCGCGAAGCUGCCCGGCAGAAGCGAAAGCUCAACUUCCUCAUCUCUCAGACCGAGCUGUACUCUCACUUCAUCGGCAAGAAGAUCAAGACGAACGAAGUCGAGCGUAGCACCGAUCAUCCCGAUGAGGCCACCGAAGAUAAGGAUGCCAUCCCCGAGCACACUCUGAACAUCGUGGAGCCCUCAGGACCUGUCGGGGCCAAGGUCACCAACUUUGAGAGUCUUGACUUUGAUGCGGCUGAUGACUCGGUCCUUCAGGCCGCUGCCAUGGCCAAUGCGCAGAACGCCAUCGCUGAGGCGCAAAAGAAGGCCCGCGAAUUCAACAAGGAUACUAACCUCGAUGAGGACGGCGAGAUGAAUUUUCAGAACCCCACUGGCAUGGGCGAUGUCGAGAUUGAGCAGCCAAAGCUUCUCAAUUGUCAGCUCAAGGAAUAUCAGCUUAAGGGCCUCAACUGGCUGGCCAACCUUUACGAGCAGGGCAUCAACGGCAUUCUCGCCGACGAAAUGGGUCUCGGCAAGACUGUGCAGUCCAUCUCCGUCAUGGCCUACCUGGCUGAGCGGUACGAUAUCUGGGGCCCCUUCCUCGUCGUGGCUCCCGCAUCGACGUUGCACAACUGGCAGCAGGAGAUCACGAAAUUCGUACCCGAGUUCAAGGUCCUGCCUUAUUGGGGUACCGCGACGGACCGCAAAGUACUUCGGAAGUUCUGGGACCGCAAGCAUACGACAUACAAGAAGGACGCACCCUUCCAUGUCAUGAUUACGUCUUAUCAACUUGUCGUCUCCGAUGUUGCUUACUUCCAGAAGAUGAAGUGGCAGUACAUGAUCCUCGACGAAGCCCAGGCCAUCAAGAGCUCCCAGAGCUCGCGCUGGAAAUGCCUUUUGGGCUUCCAUUGCCGGAACAGGUUGCUGCUCACGGGUACGCCGAUCCAGAACAACAUGCAAGAGCUGUGGGCGCUUCUGCACUUCAUCAUGCCGUCCCUGUUCGACUCCCACGACGAGUUCAGCGAAUGGUUUUCCAAGGACAUUGAGUCGCACGCGCAGAGCAACACGAAGCUUAACGAGGACCAACUCAAGCGUCUCCACAUGAUUCUGAAGCCUUUCAUGCUUCGCCGCGUCAAGAAGCACGUGCAGAAGGAACUUGGCGACAAGAUCGAGUUGGACGUGUUCUGCGACCUCACGUACCGACAGCGGGCCAUGUACGCGAAUCUGCGCAACCAGAUCAGCAUUAUGGAUUUGAUCGAGAAGGCGACGCUCGGCGACGAUGACUCGGCCAGUCUUAUGAACCUCGUCAUGCAGUUCCGGAAGGUCUGCAACCACCCAGACUUGUUUGAACGCGCUGAUACUUCUUCCCCCUUCUCCUGCGGCUACUUUGCCGAGACCGCUUCAUUCGUUCGGGAAGGGAACAAUGUAAUUGUUGGUUACUCGACGCGCAGCAUGAUCGACUACGAGCUGCCUAGGCUCGUCUGGCGCGAGGGAGGACGUUUGUACAAUGCCGGGCCCGACAACCUGACCGCCGGGUUCCGAAACAAGUACCUGGAUCACAUGAUGAAUAUUUGGACGCCCGACAACAUUCGCGACAGCCUUGGGGGCUCCGACAACUUCACGUGGCUCCGCUUUGCCGACGUUAGCGCGCAGGAGGUCUACCGCGCCAGCCACAAGGACGUCUUUGCUCGUGCAGUGGACAUGGUAGCACAGAAGAACCGACUGGGAGAUAUCAAGGUCGUGUACAGCGAGCCCGAGGACCAGAACUGGACUCCUGCACACGCCCUUUUCCAGAUUGCGAAGCGAGAGGACCGCAAGCCUCUCGCCGAGGUUACCGUCGAUGGUGUCCUUGGAAGCCUGAUGAACGUUGCCCGUUCUACGUUCUAUGAUCUGGGCCUUGGACGGCUUGAGCAGGCUGCUCGCGCUCGUGCGACAGCUCCCCCGAUUGAGGUUCUUUGUGACAGUCGUGGCUCCGUCAUUGAACGUGAAAAUGUGCUGUUCAACGCCCCUAUGCGCAAGGCGCUGUACGGUCCUACACCGGUAGAGGCGAAGGCCUUCGUCACGCAAAACGUCCCGCCCGAAUUCUACCCCGCUCCUCCCCUGCUGCCGGCCCCGGACAACGAGAAACAGCGGUUCACGAACAUCACGGUGCCAUCGAUGCGUCGCUUCGUCACCGACUCUGGCAAGCUUGCCAAACUCGACGAGCUUCUGCGGGAGCUAAAGGAAGGUGGCCACCGUGUGCUCCUGUACUUCCAGAUGACUCGCAUGAUCGAUCUCAUGGAAGAGUAUCUCACCUACCGCAACUACAAGUACUGCCGUCUAGAUGGUUCCACCAAGCUCGAAGACAGACGCGACACGGUCGCCGACUUCCAGACCCGGCCCGAAAUUUUUAUCUUCCUCCUCUCCACUCGCGCCGGUGGUCUCGGCAUCAACCUCACAUCGGCCGACACCGUCAUCUUCUACGACUCGGACUGGAACCCGACCAUCGACUCGCAGGCCAUGGACCGUGCGCACCGCCUCGGCCAGACCAAACAAGUAACAGUCUACCGCCUCAUCACGCGCGGCACUAUUGAGGAGCGCAUCCGCAAGCGCGCGAUGCAAAAGGAGGAGGUGCAGCGCGUCGUCAUCACGGGCGGGUCCUCGGCGGCGGGCGGCGGCGUCGACUUCUCGGGCCGUAGGGCGCCCGAGAACCGCAACCGCGACAUCGCCAUGUGGCUCGCCGACGACGAGCAGGCCGAGAUGAUUGAGCGGCGCGAGAAGGAGCUGCUCGAGAGCGGCGAGUACGAUAAGAUUCAGAAGAAGCGGAGCGGCAAGCGCAAGCGCGCAGGCGAAGGGGCCACUGCCGCGGCCGUCAGUCUGGAUGAGAUGUACCAUGAGGGCGAGGGUCAUUUCGACGAUAACAAGGGUUCGGGCACUGCGACUCCCACUGCCGAGGAUGCCCGCGCCGGCAAGCGCAAGAAGACGGGUGGCAGCAAGAAGGCCAAGACGACGAAGCAACGGCUGGCGAUCGCUGACGGCGAGAUCGAUAUCUAA